AUGGCUCGGCUGAGAGACUCGCGCUCACCAAGUCCUGCAGGCAGCUCGCACAGUUCUCGCCGUCACCGCAAAGAUGACGAUCGCCGGGAACGUGAUCGUCGCGAUGACGGGAGAGACCAUCGCCGGCGCACCAGGUCGCGCAGCCCUGAUGUGAGAAGACAACACCGCAACCCCGGCGGCCUUUAUUCUGACGAGAUUGUCCGUGACCAGCCCCGAUACCGCGACCGCGAUCCCGAUAGAGACAGAGACCGCGGCCGAGACCGGGACUAUUAUCGUCGCAGAGACCGAUCACUAGGCCGACGCGACGAUGACUACUACCGCGGCGGACGACGAGACCAUCGAGACAGAGACCGCCGGAGGUCGCGAAACCGCUACGAUGAUAGAAAUCGAUCGCCCGACCGUCGACGAAACCGCAGCCGAGAAAACGAUCGGGAUUUCAGAAGGCGAGACGACUCCCGCGACCGUGUCCGCGGUCGACGUGAGGGUACGGCUGACUCCCUUGCUCGCAGCAACCGUGAGGAUGGUCGAAAUCAGAGGACCCCGCUAGGCGACAACGGGAAUGCCGCUGCCAACGAGGCCCAAAAGUCCAAGACGAAUGCUGCGCAAGCCGAGAUCGACAAGAAGGCCGAGCGACUGGCAAAGCUUGAGGCGUGGAAGAAGAAGAAGGAGAGCGCCAGUCAGAAACAAAAGGAAGUAAAUCCGAGUCAGACAAGAAAUCUCUUGGCUGAAAUGGAUAAGAAGGCCAGCGGUGCGUCGUCAAAGACAGUAUCUCCGUCGGUUUCUGCUACCGCUUCGCCUGCGCAAACGCCAACCACUGCAUCUCCCAUCACUCCUUAUGCCGGAAAAUUCGAUCCCAAGGCCAUCGCAAAGAAGUCGGCCGCGUCACGGUCACACGAUGCUCCCAAGCCAGUUCUGGGCUCCAUUGGAGGCCCAACCGAGAAGCUUUCGGUUCCCGUAAAGUCGAUUCCCGUAAAGCAAGCAACUAAUGGUAUGGUUGUAUCCCCUGCUUUCACAUUGAACUUGAUUGAUGAGAUAAUCGCAGCGUCGGCCCUCCCCGCGAACCGAGCCAAAGCCAGCGGAUUUGGCUUCGUCAAGAGCCACGCAGAAAACGAGAAGCUAUCCGCCAAGCGCAAGCUUGUUUUGGACGAGGAAGACACGACAAAGAGGAAGCUCACGAAGCUUCCUGCUCUCCCCAUCGAGGCUGACGAUACUCCUUAUGCUGAUCAGGACGACGACGAGUCUGAUGGAGACAACUUUGCCGAGAACGAAGAAGAGGCGGCCGCUGCUGCUCGCGCCGCACAUGAAAGGCGACUGCAGGCGGAGAACCAGAUGGACCAGGAUGAGGACAAGACCACAACAACAGAAGCACAACCCAACGGGGACACUGUUACGGAUAACUCGGCUGACAAGGCCCCGGUGCCCGAGCAGAUGGAGGUUGAUGAGGAGGACGAUGUGGAUCCGCUAGAUGCAUUCAUGGCUGAUCUCAAGCAGACAGAGGUGAAGAAGCCUGCCAAGACAUCAAAGACACAGAAAGUCCAGGAACCCGAAGCCUACUUCAGCGAUGACGAAUACAACUUUAACAAGGAGGAGAACGGCGACCCCAAUGCUCUGCUGGCCAUGACGGCCAAGCGAAAGAAGAAGGAUAUCCCGACCAUCGACUACACCAAAGUUGAGAUUCAACCCAUCAGGAAGAAUUUCUGGGUGGAGCCAGCCGAGCUCAGUCAGCUCACGGAAACCGAAGUUACUGAUCUACGCCUGGAACUGGAUGGAAUCAAGGUCAAUGGAAAGGACGUGCCUAAGCCAGUUCAGAAGUGGGCUCAGUGUGGUCUCACUCGACAGACUCUGGAUGUCAUUGACAACUUGGGAUAUGAGAAGCCUACACCGAUUCAGAUGCAGGCUCUUCCAGCUCUGAUGUCUGGUCGCGAUGUCAUUGGUGUGGCCAAGACUGGCUCUGGAAAGACCGUCGCCUUUCUACUCCCCAUGUUCCGUCACAUCAAGGAUCAGCCUCCGCUGAAGGAUACGGAUGGUCCCAUCGGGUUGAUCAUGACUCCGACUCGAGAACUGGCUGUUCAGAUUCAUCGCGAUUGCAAACCUUUCUUGAAGAUGAUGGGCCUCCGAUCUGUAUGCGCAUACGGCGGUGCCCCUAUCCGAGAGCAAAUUGCUGAGUUGAAGCGAGGCGCUGAGAUUAUCGUGUGCACGCCAGGCCGUAUGAUUGAUCUUCUUGCCGCCAACCAGGGUCGAGUCACCAACCUGAAGAGAGUCACGUAUGUGGUACUCGAUGAAGCUGACCGAAUGUUUGACAUGGGUUUUGAACCUCAAGUCAUGAAGAUCUUUGCCAACAUGCGACCGGACAAACAGACGAUUUUGUUUUCAGCCACCAUGCCUCGCAUCAUCGACUCGCUGACCAAGAAGGUUCUCAAGAAUCCAAUUGAGGUGACGGUUGGUGGACGAAGCGUCGUUGCCAAGGAGAUUGAGCAAAUUGUCGAAGUUCGUGACGAACCCAGCAAAUUCUUGCGUGUUCUUGAGCUCCUUGGAGAGCUGUACGACAGGGACGAGGACGCUCGCAAAGACCAGGUUGAUCGUGAUUCGACCAUUUCGGAUUUCAAGAAGGGCGUUGUGCCGAUCCUGAUUGCAACAUCAGUGGCGGCUCGUGGUCUCGAUGUCAAGCAGCUCAAGCUUGUCAUCAACUACGACGCGCCAAACCAUCUGGAAGACUAUGUUCACCGAGCAGGCCGAACGGGUCGCGCUGGCAACACCGGUGUGGCUGUCACGUUUGUGACACCAGAGCAGGAGAACUGUGCGCCGGGCAUUGCCAAGGCACUCGAGCAAAGUGGACAACCUGUACCUGAGAGACUGAACGAGAUGAGGAAGGCCCAUCGUGAAAAGGUCAAGUCUGGAAAGGCCAAGGACACGUCAGGCUUCGGUGGCAAGGGCCUAGACCGUCUGGAUCAGGAACGAGAGGCAGCUCGUCUUCGUGAGCGCAAGACCCACAAGGCCGAGGGUGAGGAAGAAGAGGUCAAAGAGGACAAGAAGGAUGAGGAUGACAAGGCAGAGAAGGCUCUCAGCGCGAUCCGGGCGGCAACAUCAACCGUUCAGGCUCGUGAGGCGCAAAAGGCCGAGGGGGGCGCAGAAGCCAAGCCCACACAAACCGUCAACACCAACGUGGUCAAGGACAAGACCAAGGAUCCUCUGGACAAGGUCAGCUCGGCAGUCAGCGCCAUCAACAGCCGUCUUGGAAAGGCCGGCCAGCUUCGUGCUGGUCAGCCCAUCGACAACAAGGGCCCAGACGCUGGCGCUUUCCAUGCUACUCUGGAAAUCAACGACUUCCCUCAAAAGGCCCGAUGGGCUGUCACCAACCGAACCAACGUGGCCAAGAUUCUGGAGGCUACAGGCACUUCGAUAACAACAAAGGGCAACUUUUACCCGCCGGGCAAGGAUGUGCCCGCAGGGGGGGAGCCGAAGCUGUACAUCCUUAUCGAGGGCGACACCGAGGUUGUGGUUGGUUCCGCUCUGAGCGAGCUGACACGUCUGCUGAGAGAGGGAACAAUCGCGGCUGCGGAUGCAGACAACAGGGCCCCGGCAAGCGGCAGAUACACCAUUACCUAG